AUGUCUGACUUCGGUGACGAUGAUGUUGGUGGCGGUGACGAGCCUAUGUACGAGGAUGAGGGUGCCGACUACUGGGAUCCCGAGGUCCCCGUUGAGGACGAGGAAGUUGGACGGGCUGAGGGCGACGAGGAGGAUGCGGAUAAUGUCGUCGUAUCGGGCGACCCAUCCGCCGCCGCCAACGCGGGCAAGGGCAACGAAAAGAGCCACCGCGACAAGAAGAUUCCCGAUGACCAGCGUACGACCACGCCUUACAUGACCAAAUAUGAGCGAGCCCGUAUCCUCGGCACGCGCGCGCUGCAGAUUAGCAUGAAUGCGCCGGUGCUUGUCGACUUGGAGGGCGAGACGGAUCCUCUUCAGAUCGCGAUCAAAGAGCUCAGAGAGAAGAAAAUCCCUCUUAUCGUGCGUAGAUACAUGCCUGAUGGAUACUACGAGGAUUGGACCUGCGAAGAGCUUCUCCAGUGA